GGAAAGUUGGAACUUUGUUGAUAAUAUAUUUUCCCGAUUUAUGAGGGGCGUAGAGCCUGGCGCAUUCAAUUCAAACACACUCCACGUACGUUUCUGUCUAAUUACCUCUCCUCGAAUUUCGUUCAAUUCAUGGAGUUUUUCCUCUAAAAACCCCUCUAUUUUUCCUUUUUUUUUUUUUAUAUACAAGAUCUUCUCACUCACAUUAGCUCCGUUAUCAGAGAAAAUUUUUGGGGAAUAAGUGAUUUUUCUCAUGUCUACUGUGGGAAACUCGACAAAUAUUUUCUGGCAUGAGUGUGCAGUUGGAAAUAUUGAUAGGCAAAAGCUACUUAAUCAGAAGGGAUGUGUUGUCUGGAUAACUGGUCUCAGUGGAUCAGGAAAAAGCACGCUAGCUUGCUCGUUAGGUAGAGAACUGCAUUCAAGGGGGAAGCUAUCUUAUGUUCUCGAUGGAGACAAUCUUAGGCAUGGUUUAAACAAGAAUCUUGGCUUUUCCGCGGAGGACCGUACUGAAAACAUACGCAGAGUUGGGGAGGUUGGUAAGCUAUUUGCAGAUGCUGGCUUGAUUUGUAUAGCAAGUCUGAUAUCUCCCUACAGAAAAGACCGUGAUGCUUGUCGUGGAAUGUUGCCUGACGGAAGUUUCAUUGAGGUUUUCAUGAACAUGCCCUUAGAAGUUUGUGAAGAAAGAGAUGUCAAAGGGUUGUACAAGCUUGCGCGUGCUGGAAAGAUUAAAGGUUUUACUGGAAUCGAUGACCCUUACGAGCCGCCAUUGAAUUGUGAGAUAGAAUUGAAAAUGGCGGACGGUAUCUGCCCUACACCAAUUGAUAUGGCCGGGAAAGUAGCAUCAUAUUUAGGAGAAAAGGGCUUCUUGCAUUAUGAAUGAUUAGCUACACUGGAAUAUUUCUGUCCGUGUUCAACCUUGUGCUCUCAUAACAUAGAAUGCUUCUGAAACAAGGCGUCGUUCACAAGGACAAUCCAAGUAUUGUUGUGAUGUUGGAUUUAUCUGAAGUGGUGCAAUAGGUUUACUCGCUGUAAAAGUUACGAGGAUUGUAUCUAUAGAAUCUUCAGAUGACUCUCAUUCUUCCUGUUUAAAAGGUAACAUGUGUAUUUUGAUCUUUUUUGCUAGGAAUUCUGGGUUAUAGUCAAGUUUUUAUAAGAGUUGUUUAUCUGGUUUCGUUUUAA